AUGGCUCUCGACUCUCAUGGCGUCCUUGCAGCAGUGACCAUCGCAAUGUAUGUUCCAUUCCUGUUAAUUUCCAUCAGGAUAGUGUCCAAGUACGGCAUGGCCCGAGGUGAUGGGUGGAUCUUGCUGUUGGUAUUCUGCAUCAUUCGAGUAUUGGGUGGUGCUUUGCUUGUUGCAGCUGAGGAAGUUACUCCUGUGAACACUUCGUUAUACACGGGCGGUUACGCUUUAGAAGCAUCUGGCCUGUCCCCACUGUUGCUUUGCACGCUGGGUCUGUUGCACUCAAUUUCCCGAACUCCUGAAGGCUUUCCGAGAUAUCAGAAAAUAUUCCGCCUUCUUCAACUCCUCGGCACGAUCGCUCUCAUCCUUGUCAUCGUCGGCAUCUCCGAUGAGACAAGUUCUAGCUCAAGCUCAAACUCAAGUGGGAAUGCCAUGCGCAGGGCUGGUGUCAUCCUCUUUGCCAUCCUAUACAUUAUCCUUGUCGGUAUCUGUAUCUAUCUAUGGACCAAAGCCAGAUUUCUCUUAAGACACCGCAAGCAGCUCUUGGUGGCCAUCUCCAUCACACUUCCCUUCCUUGCCGUUCGGACUAUCUACAGCAUCCUAUCCACGUUCUCUUCGAGCUCGUUUUCGAUAACCUCAACCUCAUCCACCCGAGCCGACACUGGCGACCUCGCAAAAUUCAACAUCUUCACUGGCGAAUGGCAGAUCUACCUCGUAAUGGAGAUGCUCAUGGAGUAUGCCAUUGUGAUCAUCUAUUCUAUUGCAGCUAUCGUGCUGCCCCUCAACGAAGAUUACAAGUCUCCGUAUUUGUCUCGAGACGGGUAUCCUUUGAGUAAUAAUCGUCGGUAUUGAGCGUCAAAGCGCCAGUGAAUGAGAGUCAUGUCGUGUCCGGUCACGAACGGGUCCUACCGCUCGUUGAUUAUAGGUUUUUGAAAUGGUGAAAUGGUAAUUUAUAUUAUGACCGAGAUCGCAUACAUGUCGAUUUCAAUUAUGGGUGCCUCGAGAGAGUAGGGAUACUGAAAACACAUACCGAAACCCUUCAUGACAUCAGUACUUCAUGACAUCGCGCUGCCGAGACUGAGUACUGAGUUCCGAUACAUCGCACAUCGUGUCCUAAUAAAACAGAUGACACAGUAAAUAACUAUGACUAGACAUCUACCAUUCAUGUGCAGGACUUCACAUGAGGUCCCGAAGGUAUGCGAUCGACAAACAAUAUUAUGCCUCCG